GUCUCUCGCUCCAUGGGAUGCUGAUUCUCUUCCAGAGAGCACUGAGGACAGCAUGGCAGUGGCUUUUGAUGCGAUGCUGGCUCGGGUCAAGGAUGUGUGUAAAAGGAAUGGUUUGCUCAUUCUCUCUGUGCUGUCUGUCAUCAUAGGAUGUCUCCUUGGAUUCUUCCUCCGGACCAGGCGCCUCUCUCCGCAGGAAAUUAGUUAUUUCCAGUUUCCUGGAGAGCUCUUGAUGAGAAUGCUGAAAAUGCUGAUUCUGCCCCUGGUUGUAUCAAGUUUAAUGUCUGGGCUAGCAGCGCUUGAUGCGAAGACAUCUAGUCGAUUAGGCAUCAUUACAGUCACUUACUAUCUCUGGACCACCUUUGUGGCUGUUGUUGUGGGAAUAAUUAUGGUCUCCAUCAUCCAUCCUGGUGGACUAGCCCAGAAGGAGAACACUGAGGAAAGUGGGAAGCCAAUCAUGAGCUCUGCUGAUGCCUUGCUGGACUUAAUUCGGAAUAUGUUUCCUGCCAAUCUUGUUGAGGCCACUUUUAAACAGUACCGAACCAAAAGCAUCCCUAUUGUCAAAGCUGACAAGUCAGCAUCUGAAAGCAGCACUCGCCGAAUCAUAAUCUAUGGAAUUCAGGAUGAGAAUGGAUCCAGCAUCCAAAAUUUUGCUUUGGAUAUCACACCACCACCGGAAGUGAUUUACAAAUCAGAGCCAGGCACCAGCGAUGGCAUGAAUGUACUGGGAAUUGUAAUAUUCUCUGCUACAAUGGGAAUAAUGCUGGGCAGGAUGGGUAGCAGUGGAGUUCCUUUGGUCAGUUUUUGCCAGUGCUUAAAUGAAUCUGUCAUGAAGAUAGUGGCUGUUGCCGUGUGGUACUUUCCAUUUGGAAUAGUGUUCCUUAUUGCUGGUAAGAUCUUGGAAAUGGAUGAUCCAUCAGCUAUUGGGAAGAAGCUAGGCUUUUAUGCCAUUACUGUGGUUUGCGGCCUGGUAGUGCAUGGACUUUUUAUUCUGCCAAUGAUGUAUUUCUUCAUCACCAAGAAGAACCCCAUUGUCUUCAUCAGAGGGAUUCUUCAAGCUUUGCUUAUUGCUUUGGCCACAUCAUCUAGUUCUGCCACUUUGCCUAUUACCUUCAAGUGCUUGUUAGAGAACAAUCAUGUGGACAGGAGGAUUGCCAGAUUUGUACUCCCUGUGGGGGCAACAAUCAAUAUGGAUGGGACUGCCCUUUAUGAAGCAGUAGCAGCUAUUUUCAUUGCUCAAGUAAACAAUUAUGAGCUGGACUUUGGACAGAUCAUCACCAUAAGUAUUACAGCAACAGCUGCCAGUAUAGGGGCAGCUGGGAUUCCACAAGCUGGCCUUGUGACCAUGGUUAUCGUUCUGACUUCAGUGGGGCUGCCUACGGAUGACAUCACUCUCAUAAUUGCAGUUGAUUGGGCAUUAGACCGAUUCCGCACAAUGAUCAAUGUCCUAGGAGAUGCUCUUGCUGCUGGAAUAAUGGCACACAUCUGUAGGAAAGAUUUCACCAAAGAUGCAUCUGAGGUGCCUUUGAUCUGUGAAACAAAACCUAUCAGCAUUCAUCAGAUCAUGGCUUACCAGAGAAAUGGCUGUGUAAAAACCAUGAAUGAACCACAUGGACCUGAAAUAUCAAAAACAUUGCAACAUCACAUACCUAUUCAAGUGGAGCAAGAAGCAAACCCCACAGAAACGCAUACAGAGAAAUCCUGCAGUAAAGACCACUGUACUAUUGAAAUCAAUGAACUAGAAACUAAUGUAUAAGUGUUAUCCUUUAUGCUAUAAGGAGCCUAAUGACUACCUCAUAGGUGGAACCAAGGAUCAACCUUUUGCCUUGAAUGGGAAACCAUGGAAUGACUGCCAUGAGAGGACUGAAGCUUUGAGGCCAGCUGUGAACAUCUGUGAAGAUGGGACACUACACAGCAUAUGUUGAAUGGUUGUUGUAAAGGGAGCAAAUCAUUGGACAAUGUUGCUUUACUCUGAGCAGACUGACAUUCACGUAUAAUACACUUUUUAAAAAAGAUCUGUUUAAAAUGAUUUUAUUUCACCUACUGUUUUAGCUACAGAAUGAACUUGCCAUAACUGCACUCAAAUCUUAACAUCAAGG